AUGUUUAUCAAGGGUACUUCCUCCCUCCACCUCCCCCUACUUCCUCCUCCUUCCGACUCCUUGUUAGCGAUGGAACUGUCACUAAUUUUCGUCAACAGGGUCGACGAUGAAAUUGUCUUUUUUAUAACAAGCUCCAUACUUGUGGUCUACCGUUUGGCAAACAGCUCGUCAAAUAUUUGCUCUCGUCAUGUUCAGUUUCCGUGUGAAUGGCCAUUGGAUGUUGGCUGUUGGUGGGAUUCGAUAAAGCGGAGGAAGUUACUCAAUCCAACCGGCGGAAAUCCGAGACAGCCCGUUCAGAAAAGUUUCCUACUUCCGCCAAAAGCGUUCGCUAAAGCAAACUGGGAUAUUGACAGCGUAGUUACGGAAAAGUAA